CCAGAUGAAAGAGAGGCCAACUGACCAAUGAGAGAAGACACAGGAUAAGACUCGAGCUGUCACCGCCUCAACAGGAGAAGGAGGCGUACGAGUCGGUAGCAGCCAGUCUGGGCAUAUACUAGUAGGCGGCGGUGACACUGACAGCAGACCGUACAUUACACCUUCAGCAUGCUGCGUCUAGGCAGCGUCUCCGUUCUCACACAGGUGUUGUAUCCCGGCAUUAGGAGGUCCCUGGAAAGCGUUAAAAGGACCGGGGCGUUCCGCGUUGUAGCCGGCGUGAAUGUCUGUGACGGGGAAGGACGAGGUAACGGCGACAGGAGAGUGUGGAUGACAUACGCCCGGUUACCCCAGACCAGGCGCUAUUGUUCCAAAUCUGGAGACCCCGCGGAGAAUAUGGGUGAUAAGGCGGCGCAAGAGGGUGCCGAGAACCCCGCGAUGACACAAGCGCCUAAGGAUGAGAAAAAGAAUAAACAAGGACUCUUACCAAGCCUGGAAGAUUUGCUUUUCUACACAAUUGCUGAAGGGCAAGAAAAAAUUCCAGUCCACAAAUUCAUCACUGCAUUAAAGUCUACUGGGCUGCGAACUUCUGAUCCUAGGCUGAAAGAAUGCAUGGAUAUGCUAAGACUGUCUCUUCAAACGACUUCUGAUGGAGUGAUGCUUGACAAAGAACUCUUCAAAAAGUGUGUUCAAAGCAACAUUGUGCUACUCACACAGGCUUUUAGAAGAAAGUUUGUCAUACCAGAUUUUAUGUCUUUCACUUCACACAUUGAUGAGCUCUUUGAAAGCGCCAAAAAAUUAUCAGGUGGAAAGGUUGCAGAUUACAUUCCUCAGCUUUCUAAAUUUAGCCCAGACCUCUGGGGUGUGUCAAUAUGUACAGUCGAUGGCCAGAGGCAUUCUGUGGGUGAUACCAAAGUCCCAUUCUGCCUGCAGUCGUGUGUGAAGCCCCUGAAGUAUGCCAUUGCAGUAAAUGACUUAAGCACAGAGUAUGUGCACAGAUAUGUGGGGAAAGAACCUAGUGGGUUAAGGUUUAACAAGCUAUUUUUGGAUGAAGAUGAAAAACCGCACAAUCCAAUGGUGAAUGCUGGUGCUAUCGUGAUCACUUCUUUAAUAAAGCAAGGAUCAAGCAAUGCUGAGAAAUUUGAUUACGUUAUGCAGUUCUUGAAUAAGAUGGCUGGCAAUGAAUAUGUUGGAUUCAGUAAUGCCACGUUCCAGUCUGAGAGAGAAAGUGGGGACAGGAAUUUUGCUAUUGGAUAUUACUUAAAAGAGAAAAAGUGUUUUCCAGAGAACACUGAUAUGGUUGGAACCUUAGAUUUUUAUUUCCAGUUGUGCUCCAUUGAAGUGACUUGUGAAUCUGCCAGUGUAAUGGCAGCAACAUUGGCUAAUGGUGGCUUCUGUCCAAUAACAGGCGAAAGAGUGCUGAGCCCAGAAGCAGUGAGGAACACUCUAAGCUUAAUGCAUUCAUGUGGGAUGUAUGACUUCUCAGGGCAAUUUGCUUUUCAUGUUGGUCUUCCAGCAAAGUCUGGUGUUUCAGGAGGUAUUCUUCUGGUAGUCCCUAAUGUCAUGGGCAUGAUGUUCUGGUCUCCUCCAUUGGAUAAAUUGGGAAAUAGUGUCCGUGGUAUUCAGUUUUGUCAGGAUUUGGUAUCUCUUUGUAAUUUUCAUAAUUAUGACAACUUAAGACAUUUUGCAAAGAAACUUGAUCCACGUCGAGAAGGAGGUGAUCAACGGGUAAAAUCUGUAAUCAAUAUUCUGUUUGCUGCAUUUACAGGAGAUGUAUCUGCUCUUAGAAGGUUUGCCUUGUCAGCAAUGGAUAUGGAACAGCGGGACUAUGAUUCUCGUACAGCGCUGCAUGUAGCAGCUGCAGAAGGUCACGUGGAAGUAGUACGCUUUCUUCUAGAAGCCUGCAAAGUUAAUCCUUUCCCAAAAGACAGAUGGAAUAAUACGCCUAUGGAUGAAGCUAUGCAUUUUGGGCAUCAUGAUGUAGUUAAAAUCCUUCAAGAAUACCAAAACAAUUAUAAACCCCUGGAUGAACCAAAUAAUGAAAAAGAAGACCAAACCGUUCAGAAGAACCUAGAUGGGUUGUUAUAACAUUUCUGUCCAUCGAUUUUAGAUAUUUGCACUUGUUGACCUUGUAGAAUCCUAUGAAGAGUGUAUUUUUAUCUUAUGGUGAUGUAUAUUUUAAAUGAAGACUGUAUGUUUCAGCGUUAUUUUUCUUGUUGGAUCCUCAGGAUAAAGUUUCAUGAAAAGCAACAAAGGCAAAGCCUCUUUUUAGCACCCAGCACUGCCAAUUGGAAGCUGCAUAGCUAACAGAAUGGCUUGCCUGGCAUCAGUGCGUUAAAUUAUGCUGCAUUAAUGUUCUUUAUCUUACUGUAAGCUUUUUUAUGUUUUAGAAACAGACAUCAACACAGCUAGGAAACCUCCAUAAUAUAAGUAUAUAGUCUUUGGCACAUCAACUGAUGUGGAAGUUGAACUCCUUAACGAGGCAGGUGUUCCAUGUAAUUAAUUAUAUGUAUAUGACAGUUCUGUAACACAGUAUCUGCAUUUUGUGACUACCAGACAAUGGGGGUCAUUCCGAGUUGAUCGCUAGCUGCCGUUGUUCGCUGCGUAGCGAUCAGUGAAAAAAACGGCUAUUCUGCGCAUGCGUAUGCACCACAAUGUGCACGUGCGUCGUACGGGUACGAAGUCCUUUGUGGUUUUGCACUGGUUCUAGCGACGAUUCCAAUAUCACAGCCGAACGCAAGGAGAUUGACAGGAAGUGGGAGUUUCUGGGUGUCAACUGACCAUUUUCUGGGAGUGUUUGAAAAACGCAAGCGUGGCCGGGCGUUUGCUGGGCGGGUAUCUGACGUCAUUACCGUGUCACUCGUCGCAGCAAUCAUCGCACGGGAUAAGUUUCUACAGGGCUGGUCUUGUUUUGAACAAAAUGUGUUUGCAGGCGCACUGCUGCACAGGCGUUCGCACUCCUGUAAAGCAAAAAUACACUCCCCCGUGGGCGGCAACUAUGCGUUUGCACGGCUGCUAAAAACUGAUAGUGAGCGAACACCUCGGAAUGACCCCCAAUAUUGUGUGCGUGAAAAUAAGUUAAUUAACAAUUUUCUUGGUUGUAAAUUAUGUUUCUUAUUCGGGGUCCUUGGUCUCCACAGGGUUAACCUUGUGUAUGAUCUGGUGGAGACCAGAUCUGGCACAGAACAAUAAAGCUUUGUGAGGCUCCCAGGACGCAGUGGGCUCCUCUGCCUUCAUACCCCGCCCCAACGCUCAGGCACAUCAGUUUUUUUUGGUGCCAGCAUGGAGCUGGUCACACUGAACAAGGGCAGCACACUGCAGCACAAGCUUUUCUUUUUUUCUUUAACAAUUUUUAUUUUUUUUACUGAGCAAUAAGCAUCUGGCAGUCCAAUAGGAAGCCAGCGCUGAUGCUCCAACACCCCCACCGGGCCGCAAUGCCACUAGGUGUGUGAUUUCAGCGAGACCCAUGGCACGGUAUCCUGUUGAUAGAUAGACAGUGUCUAGUGUCUAGUUAGACAGUCAAUAGAUAGACACCAUAUGUUAGACAGACAUUAGGUCGACAGGGUCAAAAGGUCGACAUGAAAAAGGUAGAUAGUACAAAAGGUCGACAUAAUAAUUGUGUGUGUACACAGUAAUUCUGCAAUGUCUAACAAAGCUUAGCCUUAGACCAAACAGUCAGGGGCUUCUACAAUGGCAGCAUGUAAAACCUGUAACACAGAUCUUUUACCUCAGGAAUUGUCAAAGGAUGGUCGGUGCACAACCUGUUUGGUGCCUCCCAGCACCUUAGCCCCUCCAGCACUUGUACAAGAACCCCCAUUGGCAUCUUUUACCACACUGCUGACUAAGAUUGCUGACCAUAUUGCUUCCCCUAUGGGUAAACUACAACCACUGCAGUCCUCAAUGGCUCCCUCUGUGGGAUUUCCACAUUCAUUGCAGCCUGUUUAUCAGGCAAUUGCAGCCCCACCUGUCCCUACCACAUGGUUGGACUCAUUUUCUAGCUCUUUACAGAGCUUGGCUGCUUCCUCGGCUGUUUUUCAAAACAUGCAGGGUCAAGGUACAUUGCCUGCACCCUCUAAUUCUAAGUGGCCUGUGCCUUCCUCAUAGUCUACCCCUCUCUCUGAUUCAGAUGAAUCAAUAGUUACUUCCGAGCAAGCUGAGGUUUCAGACGCUGACUCCUUCUCUGGCAAUGAGGAGGCCCCACUUAAGUUUCAUGUGGCUGCAUUAAUUAGGGCGGUGUAGUUGUCACUUCAGCUAGAAGAUGCUGAACUGGCCCCUACUACUGAAGAUCCUCUGCGGAAACGGUAGAAAGUAGUUUUAUCAGAGUUUCCUAACUCGGACCACUUCACAGAAGUCAUGAGCAAGGCAUGGAAAUUUACGGUCCCUAAGAAGCUUAGCUCCUUUUAUCCGCUACCAUCAGCUGUUUGUAAGAAACCUACAGUGGAUGCUUAUUUGACACAUUUAAUUAAAAGUUCAAUACUCCCUAUCCCUAUGUCAUCUUCCCUUAGGGAUCUGCUGGAUAGGCAGUUGGAUAUGUGUCAAUGUACUCCCUCUCAGGAGCAACGGCUAGACUGGCUAAUGCUACAGCCUGGGUGGCUAAGGCCAUAGAGACUUGGGACCAGUUGUCUCUACUCAAUGAUAUCAGAGACGCAGCCUAUUACAUUGUGGAGGCAGCUCUGGACACAGUCCUAUUUUCCUCUAAGGCUUCUGCUGUUUCCAUUGCAGCUCGCCGCAUUGUGUGGCUGCGAUCUUGGAAAGCAGAUUCAGACUCAAAGAAGGCCCUGGAAGCCUUGCCAUACACAGGCGACUUCCUGUUUGGGUCGGAACUGGAAAAAAUUGAGAAAUUGGCUACCUCUAAAACAGCCUGUCUGCCUUCAGCAUAGUCAGUGCGACUUCGGACUUCAUCCUUUUAGUCCUUUUGUCAGCACGGCAAGACCAAAGGUCAGACAUUUGCAUGAGGGUUUCGCACAGUCAGGACUUUCAAACCCAAAACCAAACAGGCUUUGACGGCCAGACAUCCAACUACCAAGCCACAGAACAAACCCUCUGCCUGACGGGGCGGGCCUCCCCCAGGGGGACUCCAGGGUGGGAGGCAAAUUUCUUCAAUUCGCCCACACAUUGCGUCAAGUCAGCACUGACGCCUGGGUCCUAGAAGUGGUCUCUCAUGGGUACGCUCUUUCCAUCCUGAAGCGUCCCCCCAAGACAAUAUUUUCCUUCUAGUCCGUUAGCAGAAACCGACAAAGCACAAGCCCUGUCUGGAGUCAUACGAUCCCUCCUACAGUCGGGGGUCAUCAUCCCUGUUCCACAGUCUCUGCAGGGUCAGGGGUUCUAUUCUACCCUGUUUUUGGUUCAGAAACCAAAUGGAUCAUACCGUCCAAUUUUGAAUAAAAAAUUGCUGAACAUGUCCCCAUUUUCCAUAUGGAAACUCUAUGGUCCAUUGUCCUGGCUAUGCAACCUGGAGACUAUAUUGUCUCCCUAGAUAUUCAGGGUGCAUACCUCCAUGUACCUAUUGCACCCUGUCAUCAACGAUAUCUUUGCUUUGCUGUUCUGCAACAAUAUAUGCAAUUCCAAGCCCUUCCCUUUGGACUGUCUACAGCCCUCAGGGUGUUCAAGGCGGUGAUGGCGGCCACUCUCUGGAAAUGGGCAAUUCGGAUAUUGCCUUACCUGGAAGACCUGCUUCUUCUGGCACAAUCUAUGACAGUGCUGGAAAGUCACCCACAGCAGAUGGUGGCCUUCUUUCAAUACCAUGGCUGGCUAAUCAACUGGUCCAAAUCCUUGCUCAUCCCAUCCCAGAGAAUACAGCACAUGCUGGACACCAGAGUACAAUGCAUAUUCCUCCUCAGGACAAAAUUGCAACAUUGCAGUUGUGCAUCCACAACCUGCUCUACAGUCCAAGGUCCUCGGUUCAUUCAGCAAUGCAGACCCUAGGCUCCAUGGUCUCAGUAUUCGACAUGGUGGAAUAUACUAGGCCUGAUACUCACCAAAUGUCUGUGGUCACUGUCUCAAAUCAAAUCCCAGACCUUGAUUCUGCCCCGACUCUUCAGGCAUAUCUGUCAUGGUGUUUACACACUACCAAUUUAAACAAGAGCUGACCAUUCUGGAACCCACACUGGACGCUACUCACCACAGAUGCCAGUCUCAAGGGAUGGGGGGCUGUCACGGGCAGUCACUCCUUUCAGGGUCGCUGGUCUCUGACAGAAAAGGAAAUCUCGAUAAACAUCCUGGAAUUUCAAGCUGUCUAUUGGCUCUGCUCCAGGGUUCUCCAGUACAAAUUCAAUCGGACAACGCCAUGACUAUGGCAUAUAUAAAUCGACAGGUCGGCACUCGCAGUGUGGCAGCGAUGCAGGAGGUGACACGAAUUCUCACCUGUGCAGAACUCCACCUCCCGGCCAUAUCCACAAUCUUCAUUCCAGGAGUCCUCAAUUGGGAAGCAGACUUUCUCAGUCGACAGGACAUUCACACUGCGGAAUGGUAUCUGCACUCAUAGGUCUUUCAGAUACUGGUGCGCAGAUGGGGACUUCCAAACGUUGAUCUCAUGGCCUCCAGACACAAUCACAAGGUUGCAAUGUACUGGGCCAGGACAAGAGCUCCAGUAGCGAGCUUCGUGGACACUCUCACAGUCUCCUGGACCUUCCAUCUGGCCUCUCUCUUCCCUCCAGUGUCUCUCCUUCCCAGAGUACUGCGAAAAUUCAAAGAAGACGGUGGCACAAUCAUAAUUGUGGCUCAAGAAUGGCCUAGAUGCCAUUGGUUCACGGAUCUAAUAGAUCUCUCCAUAUACGAGCCCCUCCCUCUACCUUUUCAUCCGGACCUACUCUCCCAAGGGCCCUGCCUCCAUCCAGACCUCCCUCAUCUGUCUUUGAUGGCGUGGCUCUUGAGACAUCCCUGCUAAGAGAAAAGGGUUUCUCCAGUGCAGUAAUUCGGACUAUGCUUCAGGCUUGGAAAUCAGCCUCAGCUCGCAUUUAUCACUGGAUUUAUUAUUUUAUUAUUAUUUUUUAUUACCAGUUACUUAUAUAGCGCACACAUAUUCUGCCGCGCUUUACACAGAAUAUUUGCCCAUUCACAUCAGUCCCUGCCCCAGUUGAGCUUACAAUCUAUAUUCCCUGUUUGGAAGGUGAUAUCCCGCACCAGAACUAGUUGUGAUUAAUGGUAAUACAAGGGAUUAUAUGUUUCAUUUUUAAUGUACAUAAUCCGCAUAUAUUGAAACAUUGGUGCUACCCACUGAUCCAAAGAAUACAUAUGAAUUAGUUUGUGACAGGGAUCAGUUUGUCUGGGUGCACUCUAUCCCAUUCGCAUAUAUCAUAUAUAUCUUUAAUAUAAACUUUUGAUAUUUUUUUUACAUUUAUUUAUUAUUUGAUAUAUAUUUCAAAAGGUGGGUAUUGGUACUUAACCUUUUGAUAUAUACUCUACGUCAAUUGUGAUUGCAUUGAAUAUAGGAUGACCCCUGCCUAUGCAGCGUGGCUUUGUAGGCAGGGGUGCCACCGCCAUGUUGACUAUCGCAGGAAACAACCGACGUCAAUGGCUGCCCCUAAAAUGGCCAUGACACGCCUGCAUUUCCUGCCCUCUUUUCCCACAUUGCCACCUCCGUACGCCCGUCGCCUGUCAAUCACCGUGCAAUCGCAUCCUUCCGUGAUGCGAUUGCAUGGUGAAGGGGCGCGCACAUGCACUAUAGCCGCUGCAUGUGUGCAGACCGCAGGGGCUCCAUGCAGGUCUGAAUAAGAUCGUAUAUAUGGGCUAUCAGAUAUUUCUGUAUGAUUAAAAGAGAAUAUGAAUUGUGACCCAUUUUCAAUUUCUAAAAUGUAAAGUACAUGUUACUAAAUAUCCUCGGUGAUGCAGUGAAAAUGAAAGUACUCAUGCUUAUAAAAGUUACAUACACAUCACUUUCCUUACUGAAGGGAUCGCUUUCCAGGCACAAGGUGACCUGUAGCAAACAGGUGCUGUGUGCAGUAAUGCACUCCAUUCGUUAUUGUGCUUAGAGAGAAUACUGAUUGCCACAAUAAAAUUAUACAUUUCAAUCAAAUUUUUCUUCAGCUGUACACUUCAACGAUCAACAUAAAGCUCAAAUUUGACUUCACAAUCCUAAGUGGAAUCCUAAAAAGCACAGUGUUGCUGUUAUUCAAAAAAUAGCUGCUGUUCAUACAGUAGUAUCAGCCAGAAGCACCAGUUAUUGUAGUUAAUCCCAUAAAUUCUGAAUUCUUUUUUUUUUCUUGGUAAGAAUUAUUGUUACAUACUGUAUUUUUGUGUUGUAAUAAAGGGGCAGAUAGAUGUAUUAUAACAUUUAAAGGUCAUGCCUGCUUCGCCCCUUAUUGAGUCGAAGCAGGGACAAUUACAGCCCGGACGUCUAAAAGUGUUAAUUGUAUUUCUGGCGAAUCACACUCUAGCUCUUUUGGCUUCUUUGACCGGCGCUAGCGGCACAAACAAAAAAGAAAAAACCCUUAAUUUAGAUAAAACACAAAAGACUUACUGUAUAGUCUGACAGAUGGGGGAUCCGUGGAAAAACUUUCAGUGUGUGUGGCAACAUCAUUCUGGGCUGUCGAAUUGAUACCAGCAGUCAACAGAAUGGUCAGUGCCACUGACCUUUUCAGAACUUACAAAACCUGAUUGGUACCAUGUCGAGUUAAUAGCAGUCCCUGUCAUUCAAAUCACUUACCUACAUUAAUACAAGCUGGGAACCAGUAACUGCAGCACAUAACAUGCACAGUUGCUGGAUAUACAAUUAACACCUUUUCAUUAAAAAAAAAUUAAAUCCUGUCCACUGCAGAGAUGUUCUGCUAUCUUUGGAUUUACUAGGGAAUACCACACAUCUAGCUAUUUCAGAUUGUCUGUUACUAAGAGAGGAACAGGUAUGUAAUAUAGCGGCACUUAGUAUCUUGGUUGGUGGAGAGGAAAUACCCCCUCCCUUUGGUGAUCCCUGCCAGAGCCACAACUCAUUAGCUUAGUGUUGAUAGGCUGUGUCUUACCUCUCAGCACAUGUGCAAAAUCUCGCAAACAUCACGAGUUCUCCCAUGUGCACCUGAAACACCAGCAGCCAGCCGUUAUGUGAAAAAACAAUAAGCCACAAAAGUAGGAUUUUAAUACCUACCGGUAAAUUCUUUUCUCUUAGUCCGUAGAGGAUGCUGGGGUCAUCAUAGAACCAUGGGGUAUAGAUGGGAUCGGCAGGAGACAUGGGCACUUUAAGACUUUAAAAGGGUGUGAUCUGGCUCCUCCCUCUAUGCCCCUCCUCCAGACUCCAGUUAUAGGAACUGUGCCCAGGAAGACGGACAUUACGAGGAAAGGAUUUAUUGUUAAACUAAGGUGAGAUUCAUACCAGCUCACACCUCAAGCAUGCCGCACAACGUGGCAUUCAACAGAACACAAGCCAACGGCAUGAACACUUGCAGCAACAUGCUGACAAUAACGUAACACAACAUGUGUGUAACCACAACUAAUAACUGCAGAUACAGUACGCACUGGGACGGGUGCCCAGCAUCCUCUACGGACUAAGAGAAAAGGAUUUACCGGUAGGUAUUAAAAUCCUAUUUUCUCAUACGUCCUAGAGGAUGCUGGGGUCAUCAUAGAACCAUGGGGUUAUACCAAAGCUCUAGAACAGGCGGGAGAGUGCGGAUGACUCUGCAGCACCGAUUGACCAAACUUAAGGUCUUCAUCGGCCAAGGUGUCAAACUUGUAGAACUUUGCAAAAGUGUUUGACCCCGACCAAGUAGCUGCUCGGCAAAGUUGCAAUGCCGAGACCCCCCGGGCAGCCGCCCAGGAUGAGCCCACCUUUCUAGAAGAAUGGGCUUUUACCGAUUCCGGUAACGGCAAUCCAGCCGUGGAAUGAGCAUGCUGAAUCGUGUUACAGAUCCAGCGUGCAAUGGUCUGCUUGGAAGCAGGACACCCAACCUUGUUGGGAGCAUACAGGACAAACAGAGCUUCUGUUUUCCUAAUCUUAGCCGUUUUGGCGACAUAAAUCUUCAAAGCUCUGACCACAUCCAGAGAUUUUGACUCAGCGAAGGAGUCAGUAGUCACAGGCACCACAAUAGGUUGGUUCAUGUGGAAAGAGGAAACCACCUUCGGUAGAAAUUGUUGACGUGUCCUCAAUUCAGCUCUAUCUUCAUGGAAGAUCAAAUAAGGGGCUCUUGUGAGACAAGGCCGCUAACUCAGACACCCGCCUUGCAGAUGCCAAGGCCAACAGGAUGACCACUUUCCAAGUGAGGAAUUUCAACUCCACCUUCCGUAAAGGUUCAAACCAAUGUGAUUGAAGGAACUGCAACACCACAUUAAGGUCCCAUGGUGCCACUGGAGGCACAAAUGGAGGUUGGAUGUGCAACAUGCAUUACACGAAAGUCUGAACUUCUGGAAGGGAGGCCAAUUGUUUCUGAAAGAAAACCGAUAAGGCCGAAAUCUGUACCUUGAAUUGAGCCCAAUUUUAGGCCUGCAUCCACACCUGCUUGUAGAAAAUGGAGAAAACGUCCUAGCCGAAACUCCUCCGUAGGAGCCCCCUUGGAUUCACACCAAGAAACAUAUUUUCUCCAAAUACGGUGGUAAUGUUUAGACAUUACCCCUUUUCUGGCCUGAAUAAGUGUGGGAAUGACUUCACUGGGAAUACCCUUACAGGCUAGGAUUUUGCGCUCAACCGCCAUGCCAUCAUACGUAGUCACGGUAAGUCCUGAUACACGCACGGCCCCUGUUGUAACAGGUCCUCGUGCAGAGGAAGAGGCCAGGGAUCUCCUAUGAGUAAUUCCUGAAGAUCUGGAUACCAAGCCCUCCUUGGCCAGUCUGGGACAAUGAGGAUCGCACGGAUCUUUGUUCUUCUUAUGAUCUUUAGAACCUUUGGAAUGAGAGGAAGUGGAGGGAAUACAUACACCGACUGAAACACCCACGGUAUCACCAGUGCAUCCACUGCAAUUGCUUGAGGGUCCUUUGACGUGGAACAAUAUCUCUGAAGCUUCUUGUUGAGACGAGACGCCAUCAUGUCUACUUGAGGAACUCCCCAACGACUUGUCACCUUUGCGAAGACUUCUUGGUGGAGGCCCCACUCUCCUGGAUGAAGAUCGUGUCUGCUGAGGAAGUCUGCUUCCCAGUUGUCCACUCCAGCAGAAAAUCCUUGUGGCUUCUGCCAUUGCCGCUCUGCUUUUCGUUCCGCCCUGACGGUUUAUGUACGCUACUGCUGUUACAUUGUCCGACUGGAUCAGUACAGGAGGAUCUCGAAGAAGAUGUUCCGCUUGCAGAAGGCCAUUGUACAUGGCCCAUAACUCCAGAACAUUUAUGUGGAGACAAGUUUCCUGACUUGACCAUCUUCCUUGGAAGUUUUCUCCCAUUGUGACUGCCCCCCAGCCUCGGAAGCUUGCAUCCGUGGUCACCAGGAUCCAGUCCUGUAUCCCGAACCUGCACCCCUCUGGGAGGUGAGCUGUGCACCACCACAGGAGUGAUACCCUGGUUUUGGAAGACAGGAUUAUCCUCCGGUGCAUGUGUAGGUGGGACCCGGACCACUUGUCCAACAGGUCGCACUGGAACAUUCUGGCAUGUAACUUGCCAAACUGAAUGGCAACCAUCUUCCCCAGCAACCGAAUGCAUUGAUGGAUUGACACUCUUGCUGGCUUCAUAAUUUGUUUGACCAGACUCUGAAGUUCCAGAGCCUUUUCCACUGGAAGAAAGACUCUCUGUAGUUCUGUGUCCAAUAUCAUUCCCAAAAACAACAACCGCGUCGUCGGAAUCAACUGUGAUUUUGGCAAGUUUAGGAGCCAACCAUGUUGCUGAAGAACUGUCAGGGAGAGUGCAACUUUUUGCACCAACUGGUCCCUGGAUCUCGCCUUUAUCAGGAGAUCGUCCAAGUAUGGGAUAAUCAUGACUCCUUGCUUGCGAAGGAGAACCAUCAUCUCCGCCAUCACUUUGGUGAAAAUCCUCGAGCCGUGGACAGACCAAACGGCAACGUUUGAAAUUGGUAAUGACAAUCCUGAAUUGCAAACAUUAGGUAAGCCUGAUGCAGAGGAUAAAUGGGAACAUGUAAGUAGGCAUCCUUUAUGUCCACCGACACCAUAAAAUCCCCUUCCUCCAGACUGGAAAUCACUGCUUGGAGAGACUCCAUCUUGAAUUUGAAUUUCUUUAGGUAGAAAUUUAGGGAUUUCAGGUUUAGGAUUGGUCUGACCGAGCCGUCCAGCUUCGGGACCACAAACAGGCUCGAAUAAAAGCCUUCUCCCUGUUGUGACUGGGGAACCCUGACGAUAACUUGAUUUUGACACAACUUUUGUAUUGCGUCGCAAACUACCUCCCUGUCCGGAAGAGAAGCUGGUAAUUCCGAUUUGAAAAAAACGGCGAGGGGGAACGUCUUGAAACUCCAGCUUGUACCCUUGGGAUACUAUUUGUAAGACCCAUGGGUCUAAGUCCAAACGAACCCAAAACUGACUGAAGAGUUUGAGACGUGCCCCCACCGGUGCGGACUCCCGCAUAGGAGCCCCAACGUUAUGCGGUGUAAGUGGCAGAAGCCUGGGAGGACUUCUGCUCCUGGGAGCCUGACAAGGCUGGUGAUCAUUUACCUCUUCCCCUUCCUCUAGUAGCAAGGAAGGAAGAACCUCGGCCCUUUCUGUAUUUAUUGGGCCGAAAGGACUGCAUCUGAUAGUGAUGCGUUUUCUUUUGUUGUGGAGGAACAUAAGGCAAAAAGGAUGACUUACCCGCGGUAGCUGUAGAUACCAAAUCAUCAAGGGCGUCACCAAAUAAAGCCUUACCUUUAUAUGGUAGAAAUUCCAUGCUUUUCUUGGAAUCAGCAUCAGCAUUCCAUUGGUGAAUCCACAACGCUCGUCUAGCUGAGACUGCCAUGGCAUUGGCCUUUGAUCCCAAAAGACCAAUAUCUCUCGCAGCUUCCUUAAGGUAUGCUGCAGCGUCCUUGAUAUAACCCAGCGUCAAGAGGACGCUAUCCCUAUCUAGGGUAUCUAUUUCAGAAGACAAGUUGUCUGCCCACUUUUCGAUAGCACUACUUACCCACGCAGACGCAAUGACAGGUCUGAGUAGCGUACCUGUGGUCGCAUAAAUGGACUUUAACGUAGUUUCUUGUUUACAAUCCGCAGGAUCCUUAAGGGUCGCCAUGUCAGGUGACGGGAGAGCCACCUUUUUAGACAAACGUGACAGGGCCUUGUCCAUGGUGGGGGGUGACUCACACUUUUCCCUAUCCGCCGAGGAAAAUGGAUAAGCUAUCGUAAUUCUUUUGGGAAUCUGAAACUUUUUGUCAGGAGCUUCCCAGAGUUUUUCAAAUAGCGUGUUCAGUUCAUGAGAGGGAGGAAAUGUUACCUCAGGUUUCCUUUCCUUAUACAUACAGACCCUUUUAUCAGGGACAGCCGGGUCCUCGGUGAUAUGUAGUACCUCUUUAACCGCCACAAUCAUGUACUGAAUGCUUUUUGCCAGUUUUGGAUCUAAUCUGGAAUGUAGUGCUGUGUAUAUGUGGGAGCUUGGUGAGAGCAGCGUCCGCGCGCUGUGCGGUACCUCAGAGAAUGCCGUCACUGAAGUCCUCUUCAGCUACUCACCUGUCUUCUGACUUCUGGCUCUGUAAGGGGGUGACGGCAGGCUGUGGGAGUGAGCAUCUAGGCGUACCCAGCGAUCAGCACCCUCAGGAGCUAAUGGUGUCCUGUAGCCAGAAGCAGAGCCCUUGAACUCACUGGAAGUGGGUCAUACGCCUCUCCCCUAAGUCCCACGAAGCAGGGAGACUGUUGCCAGCAGCCUCCCUGAACAUAAAAAACCUAACAAAAAGUAUUUUUCAGAGAAACUCAGUAAAGCUCCCUGUAGUGCGUCCAGUGUCACAGGGCACAAUUCUAAAACUGGAGUCUGGAGGAGAGGCAUAGAGGGAGGAGCCAGUUCACACCCUUUCAAAGUCUUAAAGUGUCCAUGUCUCCUGCGGAUCCCGUCUAUACCCCAUGGUUCUAUGAUGACCCCAGCAUCCUCUAGGACGUAUGAGAAACAUUAGAUUUUGUUUCCACCAUGGCGAUGGUGAUGCUUACAAAUAACGUAGAGAAAAGCGAUUUAUAUUUACCUUAUCUAUUUUCAUACUUACUGAGGUUUGUUGUAAGUGUCAAAUAUUGCUGGUUAUAUAGCUCAUUUGAUACUCACCAUCUACCCCCGACGUCCAGGGAAUCUUUUCAGUAGUUUGUCAUCCUUAUGCAGCAUAAUUUUAUAAUUUUAUGAAGGACCUCUAGAUGUUUGUUGUAUUUGAUCAUUAUAGGCACACACAUUUCCUUUGCAGCUUUCCUAUAAUACAAGCAUGAAUCCUAGGUAUCCAGUUCCUUUCUCUUUAACUAGUGUGCCUGUUGUUUCGGGACCUUGUUUGUUAAUCUUUCUUUCUCUCCUAGGUUUUGCUAGUUGGUUUCUUUGCAGCAGAUGCAGUUGUAUCAUGUUGCCUAACUGUAAAGGAUGGACUGUGUUUGGGGAGAGCUGUAAUUUUUGAGGUAGAUUUGUCAGUCUCUUGUUUAUUUGUGGAGAAUAGGUUCCUGCAGGGUUAUUUCCUUUAAGGUUCAUUGUGUCCAGAAAAUUGAUCUUCAUUUUUAAGUAUUUUAGGGGUAAAUGUAUUAUCCCUCAUUAUGGCGGAGAAGUGGUAUCAGCGCACAUUAUGUGCACUGAUACCGCUUCUCCCCUAUGUAUGACAGCGGCGGUGUGGGCCUAGUGCCCCUGUCCAUAUCGGUACUGCAGUCUAAAAGAUAGCACUCUGAUAUCCAGGGCAAUGUAUGAGUAGUCAGCAGCACUGACCGUUCCGACACUUGCAGCUAUUGGUUUGCGAGAUCUUGUGCAUGUGCAGUGUAGCUGUCUGGGCUGAGAGACACAGCCCAUCAGCACUGACUUGAUGCGCUGUGUGCUCUGUGGGGAUCGCCGGAGUUGGGAGUUUACACUCCGCUGCUUUGGCAGACAAGAAGUUAGUACAUCUUGUCGGAGUGGCUUCCUGCUUUGCCUAGGUAAUGAGGCUAAGCAGGAAGUGCAAGGACGUGCAGUGAGGUAAGUGGCUGAGGAGGCACUGGCUUGUACCAGAGCCAGAUUUAUACACAAUAUAUGAGCCAAAGGGUACAUGUGGGCAUUAUACAAAGGUGCAGCAGUAUAUACUGUAAAUUUGGUGAGUUUCGAACAGAGAUGUAUGUAAAAGAUAGGUUCACCUAUCAUACACUAGCAUUUUGACUAUAAAAUUAUUAGAAUAAUACAAAGAUGAUAUUUCUAAUAUGUUCUUUGUUUUGUUUUUUGUAUACUUUAUAUAGUAAAAACUUUGGCUUAUAUGUUAGUAUGACAUACAAAGAUGAUAUUUCUAAUAUGUUCUUUGUAUUUUUAGUAUAAUUUAUAUAGUCCAAACUCUGGCUUAUGCGUUAGUAUGACAUUAAAGGCUCUGCUAACCUCACCGCACAUCACUGAGGAAGUGUUAUAGCAGCAUGACCUGUGCCGCUAUAAUAUUUACUUCUUUAUUUGUUUUUUAUUGUGGGAGUGAAAGGUAUCAUACUUUUUAUUGGUGUUAUUCACUUGCAAUUUAGAUUACCAAGAUUCAGUCAGUGUGACAAUGGUAGGCCACAUGGUGCUUGAUAAAUACUCUUUCUCUAAUUUCACCAUAAACAACUGCAUAUUGUGGUGCAAAUUAUGAUACCACUGGUACUUUCAUCUGUUGUAAAGAGAGGGUUCUGGCUAAAUAAAAAGCAUUUGUUGGUCAUAUUUAAAUGUAUAGCUGGGCAUUAUGCAAUUAUUGGCCUGAUCCAAUUGAUUGGGAUGAUAAUGUUUUGCCGCUAUCGAUCAGCUAUGAUUGAUGGUCACCCAUGCUGAAAUCUUCCAACAUAACCGACUAAUCCAAUUAUUGGCCAGCCACAUCUUGCAGUGUAUGCACUGCUACGGAUCACCGGCUGUAGCAGGGGAACGGGGAAAUGUUUCCUCCCAAGUGGAUGUACUAGAUAUCGUGUGACCAUAUGAGGUGUUGCUAUUAAAUAACUAGACUGAUACUGUAAUUUAUGUUUAAUUAUAUUGAAAAUACAUUUUAACUCCAUUCCCCUUCUACUGUUUGCACUCCCCUUCUGCAUCCACACACCACUGCAUUCUUUAUUUUCCAUUUGUCAAAGCCGUGCUGUAACUUAAUAUCUGUCAGCUGUCUCAACAGCUAUGUCGUUUCCUUCUUAAUGGAGUAACUGAUGCAAAAUGGGUGCCCUUGAGUACAGAGUACAGUAGUGACUUUAGGUAAUAGAAAAUAACUCACAUGGUGCUUGGUCUGGUGAGUAUGUAAGGUUUUCUGGCACUGCAACCUGUUUCUUAGCCAAAAACUGCUUCACAGAGAGCUGUGUGGGCUAGUGCGUUGUCCUGAUGUAAGAUGAAACCAUUUUUCUAAAAUUCUGGCCUCUUUCUUAAGAUUCUUUCCCGCAAAGUUUUUAGAACACUUCUGAAAUAAUAUUGAUUCACUGUCUUGCACUUUGUUACCCAGUCUUUCAAAACAACACCAUUAAUAUGAAAUAAAGCAAUUCACAUGGCUUUGAAUUUGGAUUUGCCUUUACUUGCUUUCUUCAUUCUUGAUGAUGAUGGUGGUUUCUAGUGCCUGGACUGGCUUUUUUGUCUCAGGAUUGUACUAUAACAUACUGUAUAUUUUCAUCAAAGUUAAUAACUUCAAAAUCGCAAAUCUGCUUGAAUUUGUUAAAAAUUGUCUGUACAACUUCACUUUCAAUUUUCUUUCUGCUCGGCAGUGAGAAGCCUUAGAACCAUCUUAGCACAAACUUUUGUCAUGUUAAGAUCUUGAUGCAAAACUUGCCUAACAGUUUCUUUGUCGAUGUUUACCAUUUCUGCUCUCAUUCGGAUGCUGAGCCGAUGGUAAUUUCAAACAAUUUUCUCAAUUAUUUUCACGACAUGCAAGGCCUUCCAGGACGUUCAUCAUCUUCAACAUCCUCACAACAGUCACUAAAUCUUUUGUGCCACCCAAACACACAUGCACGUGACAUACAAUCUGCGCCCUAAGCCUUAGUUACUAUACGGAAAGAUUCGGUGAUAGUUUUGUUUAAUUUAGCAAAAAAAUUAAAAAAGUUGACACGUUGCUCUACUUUUGAGCUAACCAUUUUUAUGAUGCAUAGUGUAGGAAAAACACACUUAUUCGAAUGCUGUCUAACAGCAAACUAUCUGUGCAAAAGGGGUGAAACUUCCAAAAUCCUUUUGGGAUAAUGAUCCCCUACUUCCUUUUUACUCACUAAUUAUGGUUAAUUUUUUACAAGUACAGUCUAAUUAUUUAGUAGCCACACCUCAUGUACUGUGAAAUAUCUCAGUGUAUGGUCAUGAUAUCUGCUGGUUUUCAGGCUGGCAGAUAAAAUGUUUGUUGGUCUGACAGACAUUUUACCUGACAAUGUAUGCCCAGCAUAUUAGUUGAAUAUUGGGUUCUGCAGCUUUGGUUCUGUUUUUGCAUUUACAAUUGAAACACUGCAAUACCAUCUUCAUUAAUCUUUUCUUUAUGUAUAUUAGUUUUUUUAUGAGAUUUUCUCUAUAGUGCUGUUUUAUUUUAUUUUUUCAAAAUAUUGUUGCUCACAACUAUAUCAGCUGCUAUUCAAGGAAAUACAAAGAGCCAAUAUAAUAUAUUACUGAUUUCACAAAUAUAAAUUAGUUUAUGUUGUUCCUACUGCCAUUUGUUAUAAGGACUGUGCUGGCAUCUGGUUGCAUUUAAUCUAAUGUUUUAUUGUAAUUGUGUUAAGAAAUAACUCUUGUCAUGUAAUUCAAAUGUGUAAACAAUGUUUUAGAAGCUAGCCUUGGUGAUUUGAUUUGUGUGACUCUUAUUCCCAUGAAGGUAUAGACAAUGUUGAAUGUAUUUGUUCCUGUAGCUUAUAUUGCAGUUGGAACUCGAAUGACAGUGGAGAAUAUUUAUUUAAAUUAUUUUUCAGUAUAGUGUUGCUUUUCAGUGCUUAAAUAAAGAAGUAUUAAAGCCAAAA